CUUUUUUUAUUUGCUUGUUUUAUUUGCUUAUGUGGGAAGAUACAUAAUGGGAGACCAAGGACAUUUGGAGAACUUGUCUAGUAGCCAAACAUUUUGAACAGAACAAGUUUUCAGCUGUGGAGCACAAAGGCACUUCCUUAUUCAUGAAAUCAGUGGUGAAGAUUAAACUGUUCAGAUCAAUCAUGGAUGAAACACAAACAUCUGAAGAUGAAGAUUGUAUUCCAGGAUGCAGCUCAGUUCAUCAGAAGAGAUCAGAACAAAUGCCCAGCUGUGUGUCUAUGAAGAGCGACAGGUCUAUGCGUCAGCCAAUAAUGUUUAACAGUGGAGAUUUACAGUCUGGUCUCAGUCCAGUUCAACAGAAGAGAUCAGAAGCAGAGUCCAGCUGUGUGUCUAUGAAGAGUGACGCAUCUGUGAUUCAGCCAUUAGAUUUUAAUAGUGGAGAUACACAGUCUGCUCUCAGCCAUGAAGUCCUCAACAUAUUUAGGUCAAAUCUGAUGAAGAAGUUUGAGUGUCUGUAUGAGGGAACAACGACGCAGGAAAACCCAACACUACUGAAUGAGAUCUACACAGAGCUCUACAUCACAGAGAGUGAGAGUGGAGAGAUCAAUAAUGAGCAUGAGGUGAGACAGAUUGAGACACAAUCCAGGAGAGCAGCAACAGAGGACACAGCCAUCAAAUGCAAUGACAUCUUUAGACCUUUACCUGGACAAGACAAACCCAUCAGAACUGUGCUGACAAAGGGAGUCGCUGGCAUUGGAAAAACAGUCUCUGUGCAGAAGUUCAUCCUGGACUGGACUGAAGGGAAAGAGAAUCAGGACGUCCAGCUCAUAUUUCCACUUCCUUUCAGAGAAAUCAACUUGAUGAAGGGCAAAAAACUCAGUCUGUCAGGUCUUCUUCAUAUCUUUUUCCCUGAAACUAAAGAAAUUAAAAUAUCCUGUGAUAAAUAUAAACUGUUGUUUAUCUUUGAUGGUCUGGAUGAAUGUCGUUUGUCUCUGGACUUUAAGAGCAAAGUGAAACUUUGUAAAAUAUCUGAAUCAGCCUCAGUGGAUGUGCUGCUGAUGAACCUCAUUGUGGGGAAUCUGCUUCCCUCUGCUCUCAUCUGGAUCACCUCCAGACCAGCAGCAGCUGAUCUCAUUCCCUCUGAGUGUGUCCAUCGAGUGACAGAGGUACGAGGCUUCAAUGAGCCACAGAAGGAGGAAUACUUCAGGAAGAGAAUCAGUAAAAAGAGACUGGCUAAAAAAAUCAUAAGACACCUGAAGUCAUCAAGGAGCCUCUACAUCAUGUGUCACAUCCCAGUGUUCUGCUGGAUCUCAGCCACUGUUCUAGAGAAGAUGUUGAGUCAAGCAGAGAGUGGAGAGAUUCCCAAGACUCUCACUCAAAUGUACACACACUUCCUGAUCCUUCAGACCAACAUCAAACAUGAGAAGGACUAUGAGAAUAAAGUGAAGGAUGAAGACAUGAUCCUCAAACUGGGGAAACUGGCUUUUCAGCAGCUUGUGAAAGGCAACCUGAUCUUCUAUGAUGAAGACCUGAGAGAGUGUGGCAUUGAUGUGACAGAAGCAUCAGUGUACUCAGGAUUGUGCACUCAGAUCUUCAGAGAGGAGUUGGGCUUGUAUCAGGGGAAAGUCUUCUGCUUUGUUCAUCUGAGCCUUCAGGAACAUCUAGCAGCUCUAUAUGUGCACCUCUCCUUUACAAUCAACAACAUCAAUGUGUUUGACCAAACCAAACAAAGUCUGUUGUCUAAGAUUUUUAACCAGAAGAAAUAUAAUUCAUUAUUUGAGCUGCAUCAGAGAGCUGUGGAUGAGGCUUUACAGAGUAAGAAUGGACAUCUGGAUCUUUUCCUGCGUUUUCUGGGUCUCUCAGUGGAGUCCAAUCAGACUCUCUUACAAAAACUACUGACACAAACAGGAAGCUGCUCCUACAACAAAAUGGAAACAGUUCAGUACAUCAAACAAAAGAUCAGGAAGAAUCACUCUUCAGAAAAAUCCAUCAAUCUGUUUCACUGUCUGAAUGAACUGGGUGAUGAUUCACUGAUGCAGGAGAUCCAAGAUUAUCUGAAAUCUGGAGAAAUAAGAGAAACCAAACUCUCCUCUUCACAGUGGUCAGCUCUGGUUUAUGUGUUGCUGACAUCAGAGCAGAAGAUGGAUGUUUUUGAUCUAAAACAGUUUAUUGGAAAACAACAUACAGCAGAUGAAGUUCUUCAGUAUUUGUUACCUGUGGUUAAAGAAUCCAGAUCAGUUCAGUUGUGUGGAUGUAAUCUCACUGCUCAGCCUUGUGGGAGUUUAUCAUCAGUUUUACAAUCCUCAAACUCUGUCCUGAGAGAGCUGGAUCUGAGUAACAAUGACCUAAAGGAUUCUGGAGUAAAGCUUCUUACAGAUAGAUGGAAAGAUCCAAACUGUCAGCUGGAGAUUCUGAGGCUGUGUGGAUGUAAUCUCACUGCUCAGUCUUGUGAAAAUCUGUCUUCAGCUUUACAAUCCUCCAACUCAAACAUCCUGAGAGAGCUGGACCUGAGUAACAAUGACCUGCAGGAUUCUGGAGUGAAGCUUCUUUCUGAUGGACUGAAGAGUCCAAACUGUCAGCUAGAGAUACUGAGGUUAUGUGGAUGUAAUCUCACUGCUCAGCCUUGUGGGAGUUUAUCAACAGUUUUACAAUCCUCAAACUCUGUCCUGAGAGAGCUGAACCUGAGUAACAAUGACCUGAAGAAUUUUGGAGUGAAGCUUCUUACUGAUGGAUGGAAAAAUCCAAACUGUCAGCUGGAGAUACUGAGGCUAUGUGGAUGUAAUCUCACUGCUCAGUCCUCUGAAAGUCUGUCUUCAGCUUUACAAUCCUCCAACUCAAACAUCCUGAGAGAGCUGGACCUGACUAACAAUGACCUGCAGGAUUCUGGAGUGAAGCUUCUUUCUGAUGGACUGAAGAAUCUAAACUGUCAGCUGGAAAUACUGAGAUUGUCUGGCUGUAUGGUGACAGAGAAAGGCUGUCAUUAUGUGUUUUCAGCUCUGAGUUCAAACCCCUCACACCUGAGAGAGCUGGAUCUGAGCUACAAUCACCCUGGAGAUUCAGGAGUCAAACUACUCACUGAAAAACUGUUGGAUUCAACCUGCUCAUUGGACAAACUCAAUGUGGAUCAUGGAGGACAAUCCAAGAUUACAGCAGGACUGAAGAAAUAUGCCUGUUUUCUCACACUGGAUCCAAACACAGCACACACUAAACUCAUUCUGUCUGAGGAGAACAGAAAGGUGUCUGGCGUGAGAGAGAAACAGUUGUAUCCUGAUCAUCCAGACAGAUUUGAUGUGUAUGAGCAGGUGUUGUGUAGAGAGAGUGUGUGUGGACGCUGUUACUGGGAGAUUGAGUGGAGUGGAUAUAAUGGUGUGUUUAUAUCAGUGUCAUAUAAGAGCAUCAGCAGGAAGGGAGGUGAUGAGUGUUUGUUUGGAUAUAAUGAUCAGUCCUGGAGUUUGAACUGCUCUCAAUCCAGAUGCUCUUUCAGACACAAUAAGAUACAGACUCGUCUCCCUGUGAAGCCCAUCAUCAGUAGAAUAGGAGUGAAUGAUGAUAAUAUCUAUAGAAUAGGAGCGUAUGUGGAUGUGAGUGCAGGAACUCUGUCCUUCUACAGCGUCUCUGACACAAUGAGUCUCAUCCACACAGUCCAGACCACAUUCACUCAGCCGCUCUAUCCUGGGCUUUAUGUUGGUUCUGAAUCAUCAGUGAAACUGUGUUGGUGAAUCAGAAUAGACUGAUGAGAGAUUCUACCCAUAAUGCUUUGAGCUGAUGAUGAAUCAGUAACAGUGAGAUGUUAUUGAGUCUCUUCAUGACAUUAAUACUGCAGCUCAACUUCUGUCACUCAAAUAACAGUCAGAAUAAAUGUGUCAUAAACCCUCAUAUAGACAGUAACAUUAGUGUAUUUGUGUUUUUUUAUUGUCUCAAUCAUUUUAGUUUUAAAAUGUAAAAAUGUCAUAAUC